AAUCUUUGAAGAAAGAGAGCAUAUAUGUAACCAAAUGACCCUUUAUAAUCCUCAAUUCCUCUAAUAAACAACCAAAUGCACCUCGUAUACCAAGAUGAGGAUGGUUUCUCUAUCUCCUCCUCAUCACAUUCUGUUCAACAACAAAGGAACACAAAAGAAGCAGUGCAGUCCUCAUAGCUCUCUGGUUUGGGCCGACACCCAUUGGCAGUUUGGCCGUGGGGACUGUGGACGUUGUUGGUCACUGCUCACUUGGGGAUUAAUUAGUCUGAAUGGGUUCUCAGAGACGAAGGGAGGGAGAUGAGGGAAUAAGGAAUUCGCUGCCUAGUCGCAGAGCCAGAGAUGGAGGAGGGGUGGACGGUGGAGUGCAUGUGGGAGCAAGCGAGAGAGAAAGACAUGGAAACCCUAUUGGAAACAGAGUAGUUGCAACCGCAACUGUGGUUCCCUGCUCUACCCGGACUCUCUCUCUCUCUCUCUCUCUUCUACAUUGUUAAAUUAUCCUAUUAGUCUUCGCCACCUCAUUGUAUGGAGUGCAAAAAAUUCGGUGACCGUUGAAGACGCAGUUCAGAUCCAAAGCCCUAGUCUGCAACUACCCAGUCCUGAUCUGCGGCACAGCCACUACAGCACUGGCCAGCAAGCCAUUUCCGGUGCAAACUUGUGUUCUGAACCCCUAAAACUCUCAUCCAUAUAUCUGUCUUAAGGAACAAGAAAGAAAAUUCAUUUGCCCAUGUCGUCUGUAAAAGAGAUCCUAACCCGUAAGCCGGUGCGCGCUACAAUCCGGCUAACUGUUCCUGCUGGUGGUGCCCGACCAGCCCCACCUGUUGGACCAGCCCUGGGUCAGUAUCGUCUUAACCUAAUGGCCUUCUGCAAGGACUUCAAUGCUCGAACCCAGAAGUACAAACCUGACACCCCAAUGUCUGUUACCAUCUCUGCUUUCAAAGAUAACACCUUUGAAUUCACAGUCAAGUCUCCUUCUGUCACUUGGUACCUCAAAAAAGCAGCCGGAAUUGAGUCUGGAAGCAGGCUUCCUGGUCAUGUUGUUGCAUCAGUGUUGAAUCUGAAGCACAUAUAUGAGAUAGCUAAGAUAAAACAGUCUGAUCCUUAUUGUCAGUACCUGUCAUUGGAGGGGAUCUGCAAAUCAAUCAUUGGAACUGCUAAUACUAUGGGCAUUAAGGUUCAGAAGGAAUUAGAUUGAUUCAAGAAUCUGGGAUUUUUUUUUUUUUUUUUUUACACUUUCAAUUAUAUUCAUCAUGGAACAAAUGGGAAUUUGACUUUAGGGGUAUCCCUCCAUUCAUUCUUCUGUCCUCUUUCAUCCAUUUGAUGAUUAAAUAUUAACAAAUAAAAAGUGGUCUGUGUGAUUUGUGUCCA